AUGCUACAAAUCUAUUAUUAUCAUGUUUGUGGAAAGUAUAGUAAAUCUGACUCGGACAAAGGAGUAACUCCUCUACAGCCAAAGCGUAUUGAUUCACAAACAUCAGUGUAUUUAUCAAGGGAUAAAGAAUUCCUAAAGGAUGAAAAGGAAGAUCAACAUGACAUGAAAUUACUACCACAGAUUUUUGGCUGGUGUAGCGCUAUUCUCUAUCUUAGUGCAAGAGUUCCUCAAAUUAUUCAAAACUAUAAGUCACAAUCCACUAAAGGAUUAUCACUAGCUAU